AUUUUUAUUAAUUUUAUAUUAUAAAUACAACAAUUUUCCGCACAUUAAAAUCAUACAAUUUCCAUAGCAAAUUUUACAUAAUUCCAUCCCCUCCCUCCCAUCUCAUCCCCUGCCACCCUCAGUUGGACAUCCCAGGGGUGGACUGACAACUCAUGGGGCCCCCGGCAAUAGGGGAUCAUGGGGCCCGUGUCCUUGCCCAAACUCAAAAAAGCCUAUGAAAAAGGUACCAGCGGCAUCUCUUGGGGCCCCCUACUGACCCCGGGCCCUUGGGCAGUGCCCGAGUUUCAAAAUGGUCAGUCCGCCCCU